AUGGUGAGCUCGGGCCAGAGCGCGCCCGUCUCGGACGCCCAAGGGCGCGGGGGACAGGGGAAUCGGCAGGGGAAGAAGAAGGGACAGAGUCUGAACCAUCUUCUUUCGUUUACCCUGCCGCCACGGGCGCCGCCGCCCAGCGCGCCGCGCCGCGCACGGCGCGUCGAUGCACGGCCGUUUAACCGCGAGCGCUAUGUCAAUGCACAGUACCGCUUCGUGAUGAAGCCGACGUACGAUUGCACGAUGCACUUUGCCAACCCCGAUGCGCCACUCCCUUGGCAGGACAUUGUGCAGGUCGUGAUGAGCUCCACGUCCGACCUCGCUGUGACCGCAGCGCAGAGCGACGCGACGUGUCCGAUCUGCCUCUCGCCGCCGAGUGCGCCACGCAUCACGCGGUGCGGGCAUGUGUACUGCUACGCAUGCAUCCUGCACUACUUGACGGUCGCCGAAGAGGGCACGCGGCCCAAAGGCAUCUCGACGCACCGCCACUGCAAGCGGUGCCCGAUCUGCUGGGACGACGUGCACGCAAAAGACCUCAAGGCCGUGCACUGGCUCGACGCCCGCCGCAACGCGGCGCAGUUUACGCAUGCGUACCUCGCGGAAAAAGGAACAGAGGGCGGGGAGGAGCCGGGCGUCACGACGCUGCGCCUCGUCGAGCGCCCGCAGAGCACGACGCUCGCGCUUCCGCGCUCGGCGGCGUGGCCGCGCGCUGCGCAGCCAGAGGGCGUGUACUGCUUCCAGCCCGACGCGCUCGAAUUCGCACGCAUCGUCAUUGCCACCCCCGAGUUUCUCGCCGCGUCGCUCGAGCGCGACAUUGGCGAGAUCGAGAAAGAGGUCGUGGUGCUCCAGCAGUACACGCCCGACGAGCUCAGCGUCGAGUUUCUGCACGUCGCGAAGCAAAACCUCGCCGAGCAGGUGGCGCGCGUCCACGCCCAGCUCGAAGGGCGCGCGCUGCAUCGUAUCCAGGUGGCACGCAACGCCGUCGCGCACGCACACGACACGCAGGACGCGCACGAGCCGCCGGGAUCGUACUUUUUCUACCAGGCGGCCUCGGGACAAAACAUUUUCAUUCAUCCGCUCGACGUCAAGGUGCUCCUGGCGCACUUUGGGGCUUACGCUCACUUUCCCGACACGCUGCGUGUUGUCGUCCAGCAUGCAGAGGAGGGGACGAUGGACGAGACGCUGCGCCGCAAGUGCAAGUACAUUGCGCACCUUCCCAUGUCCUCGGACGUGACCUUUCUCGAGGUCGACUGGGCACAGACCUCGGCGCGCUUCGCCGACACCCAAGGCGCGAUCGAGUGGAAGCCGUUCGAGGGCAUGCUCAAGCAGCGCUGGAACCGGCACAAGGAAAAAGACGCCCGCGAGAACCGCGCGCGUGCCAAGGCGGAAAAGGGCGCACAGCGCAGCCAGCCGCCGCCGGAACCGAGCGAAUUUGCGUACAUGCCGGACGCUACGCUCUCGUUCCGCGAUUCGGCCAUGAUCGGUGCAGAAAUGCACUUUCCAACGCACCCAGGCGUCGAGGAGGAUGCGCUGGGGCAGUCCGUGCCGUUUCCUAGCAUUGCGUCGACCCCCAAGUCGCACUCGGCUCAGAAAACCGUGUGGGGGACGCCGGCCGCGCCGAGCACCGCCGCGGAUCCGGCACUCCCGGAUACGCGCGUGAUGGACGAUGCUUGGAACGCACUCGAGCAUGCGAACGACGCGCCACAGACGGAGCAGCAGCCUGCGCCGUCGGCACGCAGCCAGAAACGCAAGCCGAAACUGAUCCUCACCGGCGGCGGGCGGGGAAUGGGGUAG